CCACCAUGUUGGGGACAUUGAUGGACGUCACCAUGUUGGGGACAUCGAUGGAGGUCACCAGAUCAGGGACAUUGGGCAAGGUCAUCAGCUUGGGGACAUGGAUGGAGGCCACCACAUUGGGGACAUCGGUCAAGGUCACCACCAUGGGGACAUCGGGCAGGGACUGAGACUUGGGGACAUGGAUGGAGGCCACCAGACCAGGGACAUCAGCCAGCAUCACCACCCUGGGGACAUCAGUCAAGGUCAUGGGCUUGGGGACAUGGAUGGUGGCCACCAGAUCAGGGACAUGGACGGAGGUCAUGGGCUUGGGGACAUGGAUGGAGGCCACCAGAUGAUGGACAUUGAUCGAGGUCACCGUGCUGGGGACAUGGAUGGAAGUCAACGGUUUGGGGACAUCGGGCAGGGACAGAGACUUGGGGACAUCAAUCGAGGCCACCAGGUCAGGGACAUCGAUGGAGGUCACCAGGUCAGGGACACGGGGCAGGGCCAUCGGCUUGGGGACAUCGAUGGAGGCCACCACCAUGGGGACAUUGGUCAAGGUCAUCGGCUUGGGGACAUUGGUCAAGGCCACCACCAUGGGGACAUUGGUCAAGGUCACCACCAUGGGGACAUUGGUCAAGGCCACCACCAUGGGGACAUCGGGCAGGGACUGAGACUUGGGGACAUUCCUGAGAGCCACCACCAUGGGGACAUCGAUGGAGGUCACCGGCUUGGGGACAUCAGGCAAGGUCACCAGGUCAUGGACAUGGAUGGAGGUCACCAGAUCAGGGACAUCGAGCAGGGCCACCACCCUGGGGACAUCGAUGGAGGCCACCACCCUGGGGACAUCGAUGGAGGCCACCAGAUCAGGGACAUCGAUGGAGGUCACCACCCUGGGGACAUCAAGCUAGGCCACCACCCUGGGGACAUCGAUGGAAGCCACCAGAUCAGGGACACCAGUCAAGGCCACCACCCUGGGGACAUCGGGCAGCCACUGAGACUUGGGGACAUGGAUGGAGGCCACCAGACCAGGGACAUCAGCCAGCAUCACCACCCUGGGGACAUCAGUCAAGGUCAUGGGCUUGGGGACAUGGAUGGAGGCCACCAGAUCAGGGACAUGGACGGAGGUCAUGGGCUUGGGGACAUCGAUGGUGGCCACCAGAUGAUGGACAUUGAUCGAGGUCACCGUGCUGGGGACAUGGAUGGAAGUCAACGGUUUGGGGACAUGGGGCAGGGCCAUCGGCUUGGGGACAUGGAUGGAGGCCACCACGUUGGGGACAUCGGUCAAGGUCACCACCAUGGGGACAUUGGUCAAGGUCACCACCAUGGGGACAUUGGUCAAGGUCACCGGCUUGGGGACAUUGAUGGAGGCCACCACCAUGGGGACAUCGGUCAAGGUCACCGGCUUGGGGACAUCGAUGGAGGCCACCACGUUGGGGACAUCGAUGGAGGCCACCAUGUUGGGGACAUUGGUCAAGGCCACCACCACCAUGGGGACAUCGGGCAGGUACUGAGACUUGGGGACAUUCCUGAGAGCCACCACCAUGGCGACAUCGAUGGAGGUCACCGGCUUGGGGACAUCAGGCAAGGUCACCAGGUCAUGGACAUCGAUGGAGGUCACCAGAUCAGGGACAUCGAGCAGGGCCACCACCCUGGGGACAUCGAUGGAGGCCACCACCCUGGGGACAUCGAUGGAGGUCACCACCCUGGGGACAUCAAGCUGGGCCACCACCUUGGGGACAUCGAUGGAGGCCACCAGAUCAGGGACAUCAGUCAAGGCCACCACCCUGGGGACAUUGGUCAAAGCCACCGCCUUGGGGACAUCGAUGGAGGUCAUCGGCUUGGGGACAUCGGUCAAGGCCACCGCCUUGGGGACAUCGGGCAGGGACAGCGGCUCGGGGACAUCGCUCAGGGCCACCGUCAUGGUGACGUCAUCAAGGGCCACCACCACCGUGAUGACGUCAUCCAGGGCCACCCCAAUGAUGUCAUCCAGGGCCGCCACGGUGACGUCAUCAAGGGCCACCACCACCGUGAUGAUGUCAUCCAGGGUCACCGCGGUGACGUCAUCAAGAGCCAUCGUGGUGACGUCAUCCAGGGCCACCACCACGGUGACAUCAUCAAGAGGCACCACCACGGUGACGUCAUCAAGAGGCACCACCCCGGUGACGUCAUCAAGGGCCACCCCGGGGUCAGCGGGGGCGGGGCCAGCGCCCCCAACGGCCACGGGGACACCUUGGGGACACCUUGGGGACGUCCCAAGCGCCCGGGGGAGGGGACGGGGACGGAGAGCAAGAGACCCCGGCUGGAGCUGGACGUGGGGGACAGCGGGCCGGAGCCCCCCCGGGAGCUGAAGGAGGAGCCGGAGGAGCUGAUGAGCGACAGCUGCGGUUCCCCCCCCAGUGACGUCACCUCGGAGCCGCCCUGGGCCUCCUGCGCAGGUCAGGGGCGAAAUCGGG